GUAUCAUUUACAGGCUCAUAUAACUGUAUUUACCUCGUUUUCAAAAUGGCUUUUGCUACGAACGUAAUCUCCCGCAGUAUGGUAACGUCUGCAGCAAGAAUGGCAGCUAUCAAGAAUGUAACAAUCGUCGGCGGAGGUCAAAUGGGUGCUGGUAUUGCGCAGGUAGCAGCACAGACCGGACAUGCUGUUACAGUGGUGGACCUGAGUCAACAAGUCCUAGAUAACUCUAUGGCCUAUAUCCAGAAGAGCUUGGCUCGCAUCGCAAAGAAGAAAUAUGCUGAAGACCCAGCUGGCGGUACAGAGUUUGUAAACUCAAUCUUAGGGAGCAUCAGUAUGGUAACAGAUGCCGAGAGCGCAGUGGGUUCAUCAGAUCUCGUCAUCGAAGCCAUCAUUGAAAACAUCAAGAUCAAGCAAGACCUCUUCAGCAAGUUAGAUAAAGUAGCACCAGCAAAUACAAUUUUUGUCAGCAAUACCUCUUCAUUACAAAUCUCAGACAUUGCAAGUGUGACGUCAAGAAAAGACAGAUUUGGUGGACUUCACUUCUUCAAUCCAGUAUCCAUGAUGAAACUUGUUGAGGUGGUGAGAAUAAACGAUACCAGUGAGGAGACAUAUAACAGCCUCAUGGACUUCUCAAAAGCACUUGGGAAGACACCGAUCACAUGCAGAGAUACCCCAGGCUUUGUUGUGAACAGGUUGCUUGUACCUUACAUGUGCGAAGCUGUAAGGAUGAUAGAGAGAGGUGAUGCCACCACACGUGAUGUGGACAUCGGUAUGAAGCUUGGAGCUGGGUAUCCCAUGGGACCGUUUGAGCUGGUGGACUAUGUUGGUGUUGACGUUAUCAAGUUCAUCCUGGACGGAUGGCAUGAAUCUUACCCGGAUGAAGCACUCUUCCAGCCAAGCGAGACUAUCAAUAAGCUUGUAGCUGACGGAAAGCUUGGCGUGAAGACUGGCGAAGGUUUCUACAAAUACAACAAAUAAGAGAUCUAUUCAUAAAUAUACAUUCCGUGAUGUCUUGGCCUUAUCACAACUUAGUAGGCUACCUGUAAUAAGGCUAUUAAUAAUUUGGCGUUUGGGUGAUACAGCCUUAUUGCAGGCAGCUAAAUAAUUGUUCCGGAUAACAUGAAUUGAGAUGAUGAUUGAUGCUGUUGUCAAUAGAUUUGUAAGAAAUGUGGAAAUAGAUUUAUUGUCAGAUUUGUUCACUCCUGCUAAGCUUAAGGCUUACUGUCUUUUUUGGCAUAAGUAAUGUUUGAAAUUCAUCAUUUUGUAUUUGUUUUCUAAUUUAUUUGAUUUUCCCAGAUAUGAUAUUUUGUUAUAUACUGGCCCAUAUUCUACUCAAAUUUUAAAACGACACUGAGCUUAAGCUUUCGUUCAAAAUAGGGUUUAACAAAGGACAUGUCAAAUGUUUCCUUUGUGAAGCGUAACCUUAGACCCAGAGUCGGGUCGGUUGUAACCAAAUAAGUAGGAUAUGGACCAUAGUGUAUGAUGAUUGUAUGUCAGAAAUUCAAUAGAUUCAUAUUAUUACUUCUGUUAUUAAUUAGUACUGAAAACAGUACACCUGUGUGAUGAAAAAAACUCUCAUUCUGUUGGUAGGAGAAAUGAACAUGUGGUUCAUUGAUCAGAAGUCUGGAAUCUUGAGACAGUAGCUUGACUUCACAAAGUUGGGCUGAGUUGGACCUGGUCUAAACUUAGCCCAAACCUGAUUCUACUUGGUCCACUGAUGUUUGGAGUGCAAAGUGCCAAUCCUUAUUCUGCACAAAUUAUUGUAAUCCCAUUACAAAAUGCUUACAGAAAUUAAUUCACGUGCUAGUUGCCAUCUUGCUAACUCAAAGGAAAAUUAUAUUACAUGAUUGAAAAUACAACAAAUAUUUUCUUGAUGGCUCUUAUGCUUCCAAUUAAUUUGUAUGUCUAUUCUAUGAAUGCGGGUUCCAUUAUUUCUUGCUGUUUUCUUGCGAGUCGAGUGUGCCCUUUGAUUAAACAAUAGUUAUGAACAAGAUUUGUUUUUAUACAAAGAGGUGAAUUACUCUGUGUGCAAAUAUAUUAUAAUUUUCUUGUUUUUACAUACUUUGAAUCUUUUCAUUUUCGUAUUAGUAUUCUAAGUUGGCUGAUUUUAGCUCUUGCUCUCACUGUUAUAACUAUGCUUUAAUACAAAAAGGCAUCAACUCUUUGUUAUGUGACAGCGAUACAGUUAACAACAAAAAUUAUUCAUCCUCGUAAAUUUGAUGUUUUUUAAUUUUUUUCUCAAACUCAAAUAUCAAAGGUGGACUGUAGCUGUUUGAAUUGGGGCCUUUAUUAAUUACUUUUAGAAAUUAGCUUCAUUAUGUCACAUUCUCAGGAUAUAUAUUAAUCGGGACAAAUCUAUUUUUCACAUACUUAGACAAUUAAGUUGUAACUGAAUGUGAGUUCAUGCCCUUGUGGCUCUCAGCACAUGAUGUUAUCAUUUUUUUUUUUGGAGAAUAACCUUGAAACCUUGGAACAAGCUCAUGUAUUCAUUAUAUGAUGCUGACAUUUUAAACGGGGUUUAGUGAGCAUAGGCUUCAAUUUGCAGUUACAAAGUUCUCUCUCUCUCUCUCCCC